GGCUAAAGAUACAUCCCUUGCCCUUUCUCUACUCUCACCAAUUAGAGGGAAACAGCCUCAAGCAGUGUAGGACUCCUUGACCAUUUACCAUGACUUGGCUCAUUUUGGUGUCACUGCUAUUGUUACCUGUUCUACUUCCAUCUACUAGCACAGAGAAUACAACAACAAAUCAGUCUGUGGAAAUAACUGAAGACUUCCAUGAUGUCACUCUCAAACGUGACAAGAAUCCCUCUGUGGUCAAGUAUAGGGAAAAGUGCACAAUACCUUGUGAACUGGCAGCUAAGCUCAUGAAGGAGGAAAGGCACUCUCUGUGUAGUGACCUUCAGCAUUCAAUUGUUUCAUCCACAAGGAGCACUAGAAAGAUGAUCAGAGACUUGAUAGAUGAACAGCAAAAAUCGUUGGAACUACUUUCUAACCAGCUGUUGGAACUCGUGUCCAAAGUCAGCACACUUGGCUCAGAGGUUCAGCGGAGCAACACUGAAACAUUAUCAACGAAGCCAGUACAAUCGCACGGACGGGAUUGUAGUGACAUAAAAGAAACACUUUAUGCAACAGUCUCCAAAAUACCUAGUGGGAUCUAUAUCAUCCAUCCAGAAAAUACAGAGUACUCUUUUGAGGUAUUCUGUGAGAUGGAUUACAUGGAUGGUGGAUGGACUGUUGUGCAAAGGAGGACAGAUGGGCUUACUGAUUUUAAACGCACGUGGUCAGACUACAUGAAUGGAUUUGGUCAUCUUCCAGGAGAACACUGGCUUGGUCUAAGGAAGAUAUUCAACAUCGUCAACCAGAAACACACCCAUUUCCAGCUCCAUAUUGCCCUAACUUCCCAAGAUGACACCACCUCAUAUGCUUCAUAUGACAAAUUCUGGAUUGAAGAUGAGACCAACUUCUUUAGAAUUCAUCUUGGGAGAUAUGCUGGCAGUGCAGGGGAUGCAUUCCGUGGGUAUGAGCAAGAAGAAAAUCAGGAAACAGCACCAUUUAGCACGUCUGACAUUGACAAUGAUGGCUGUAAUCCAUUCUGUACAUUUGAUGGAAAGGCUGUGGAGAGUUGUAGUACCCAUCAGAAUGGCACAGGCUGGUGGUUUAACCAGUGUGGACGUGCUAACCUAAACGGUUCCCCUUUAGAUCAGGACCAAUCUACUCUCCCACACAUGCACUGGGAAACCUGGACUAAGAAUGGCCUUCCUGUUCAGAUAAAGUCUGUCACCAUGAAGAUAAGGAGAAUGGACACUCCUCAAAAUAAUUAAUCACAUUAAAGGAGUAUUUUUAGAUAUUGCACUGUUAAUUUGAAAGAAGCUGAAUGAAAUAUUUCAGCCAUUCUUCAUUGUGGUGUUUGAUAUAAGCAGAUAUGAACAUGGAGCUAGUGUCAACAAUAAAAACAUGUUUCAAAAA